AUGUCUGAAAACUUUCUUCUAAAUAUGAACAAGGAAGUUAAAUUACAAUCAAUUUGGUGGCGUGAUAUUGUGAAAAUAGGAGGUGAAGAGAGUGACGGUUGGUUCAAGUCCAAUGUUUGCAACGUGUUAGGUAACGGUAAUACCAUUCUAUUUUGGCAAGAAAGAUGGGCUGGUAAUGAUAGUUUCAUGAACUUAUUUCCACAAUUAUAUGUUAAAAGUAUGCACCCAAAUUCAGUCAUAGCAGAGUGUGGUUUAUGGAAUGAGGUUGAAUGGAAUUGGAGAUUGCUUUGGAAUGGAGAUUUAGCGCAAGAUGAUAUAGAAGCAGCAGCUGAAUUGGAGUGUUUGCUCUCAGAUAUCAGUCCUAAUAAGGAUCGUACGGAUUAUAGGAAAUGGAUCACGAACAAUCUCGGCAUGUUUUCGGUAAAUUCAGCGUAUUGUUUUUUGCAAAACUGUUACUCUCCAUUGACCAUUAAUAGCAAUGUGGUGGAUGCACUACAAGACUUAUGGGCGAAUGAUGUUCCAUCCAAAGUGAGCAUUUUUGGAUGGAGGUUGUUAUUAGCGAGACUACCGACUCGGAAGGCGUUGGAGAGAAAAAGAAUUAUUAGUAAUCCGCGUGAACUUUGUUGUGCUUUUUGUUUUAGAGAAGAAGAAGAUAUCAAUCAUUUAUUUUUUAAUUGUUCUAUUUCAAUUCAAGUGUGGAAAAAAGUGUAUGAAUGGCUGGACAUGAAUUUUAUAACAUUUGAGGAAGUAUGGAAGCAUUUCACUACUUUUGGUGAUUUGGUGAAGAGUAAGAGUCUUGCUAAAGCUCGUCAUGUCAUUUGGCUAGCAACCACUUGGAGUAUAUGGCGAACUCGAAACAACAUUAUGUUUCGUGGAGAUGUGUUUAAUUUGGCCUUACUUGUUGAUCAGAUUAUUUUUAUUUCUUGGGUUUGGUUUGUAGGUCGAAUAGAACUUAAUCCUUCAUUUGUAUUCUCAGACUGGUGUAACGAUCCAUUAGCUUGCAUUCUAAGUAUCUAA